AUGGGUUCCUACUCUACAAGUGAUGUUGCAGUGAAAAUGUCUCCCAAUGAAGAGGGAGAGGAUGAGGCAUGCCUUCAUGCUUUGUUACUCUGCAUUAUUCAAGUGUUACCUUCGGCACUGAAUGCUGCUGUUGAGCUGAAACUGUUUGACAUAAUAGCAAAGGGAACCCCAAAUGGUGAAACCAUGUCAGCAUCACAAAUUGCUUCUAUGUUGCCAAACCAACACACAGACUUGCCUAAUAGGAUUGAACGCAUGCUGCGUUUACUUGCAAGCUAUUCUCUUCUCACUUCUUUCACUCACACCGAUGAAGAUGGUAGCAUUCAGAGAUCUUAUGGACUCUCACCUGUUGGAAAGUACUUCGUCAAUGAUGAAAGUAAGGGAUGUGCGGCUACAGUCACAUCAUUUCUCAACUAUCCCACACUGUCCCAAGUUUGGCCCAAUUUGAAGGAUGUAAUUAUUGCUACUGAGAAGGACCUAGUCAAGAAGGUUCAUGGAAUGUCCUUGUACCAAUGCACUGAAAAGGAUCCAAAAUUGAAUUACAUUUUCAACAAAUCAAUGGCUAAUAUCAGCAUCAUAGAGAUGAAUAGGGUCCUCGAAGUGUAUAAGGGAUUUGAAGGAGUUUCAACCCUGGUUGAUGUGGGAGGGGGUACAGGCCAAAAUCUACAGAUGAUAAUCUCCAAGUACCCUACGAUUAAGGGUAUCAAUUUUGAUCUGCCCCAAGUUGUUGAAAAAGCACCAGCUUAUACAGGGAUACAACAUGUUGGAGGAGAUAUGUUCAAUUACGUGCCACAGGGUGAUGCCAUAGUCAUGAAGUCUGUAUUGCACAAUUGGUCAGAUGAAGAAUGCGUAAGCAUUUUGAGGAACUGUCACAAUGCACUGCCACAAGAUGGAAAGGUGAUUGUGAUGGAGUUCAUAACACCAGAAGCAUCAGAGUCGAAUGCAGCAAAGUUUGUUUCCACCCUUGACCACGUCAUGUAUAUAACAAAUGGUGGAAUGGAGAGAACUGAAAAGGGGUACGAGUCUUUGUGCAAGCUCUCUGGAUUUUCAAGAUUCCAAGUUGCCUGUCGUGCAUUCUCUGCCUUGGGAAUCAUCGAAUUUUACAAAUAA